GUUGUUGUUCCGUCUUCAGCAGGUAUUUUUGUGUGCUUUUGUGCUUUUUUCCAACUCGGAAACUCUUUUUUCCGUUGUCUCCGACACCACAUGAAUGCAUGGUGGUUUACUGACAGCCAUACCCGCUCAUUUGUCUGAGUUCUGGUCGACUAGGAGAGUGUAAACCCGGGUUGAACAAUUUUAGGAGAAACGCCUUUUGAGGGUUUUGCGUUCACAUACUGAACGUACACAUACAGCCGAUCUCCGGCUCAUGUAAAGACUUCCUCUUCCCCGCUUCAUCCCGACCAAUAGAAAGGUAGUGACACAGAAAGACAGCCAGUUUAUGUUUUGUACAGAUUCAGUAUUGGCGGCUUAAUUUUGAAGGAGUGGACCAGACAACACGGCAAAACACGACGGAAGACAUUAAGCCAAACGACGGUAAAGUGAGCUACGCCUGUUGUGGAGAAGCUGGUGACGUGAUCUGGAUCAAUAUGGUGGUUUUGUCAUCCGUAAUAAGACCGCUGGCUUCACAGCUUCAUCGACACCUGACCAGAAAAGCAAAGAGUCUCCGGAUUACGCCUGACAGGAGAUGUAACCUCACGGCGUGCUCCAGUAAAUAUGUGCUUUCGCAGAUGCAUCCCAUGUGGCAGGGACCCCUUGCGGUACCAGGAGGAGAUCGCCAGUCUCCCAUUGACAUUGUUGUGCGAAAGAGUGUCUUGGAUACUGAACUGAAGCCUCUGUUAACCAAGUACGACCCGCAGACCUGCCAACAAAUCUGGAACAACGGUUACUCCUUUCUGGUCGAGUAUGACGACACUACGGACAAAUCCACACUGAAAGGGGGCCCCCUGCAAGACAAAUUCAGGCUGUGCCAGUUCCACUUCCACUGGGGUGAAAGCAAUGCCUGGGGGUCAGAGCACACAUUGGACAGGAGGCUAUUUCCUGCAGAGCUUCACUUGGUCCACUGGAACUCCGACAAGUACAGUUUGUUUGAGGAGGCAGUGAUGGAGGAAAAUGGUCUGGCUGUAAUAGGAGUUUUUCUUAAGGUGGGAAAGAGACAUGAAGGGCUUCAGAAACUUGUUGACGCUCUCCCAGCUAUCAGACACAAGGACAGUGUAGUGGAGUUCACCAGAUUUGACCCUGCCUGUCUGUUACCCACCAACACUAAUGACUAUUGGACGUACCAUGGCUCGCUGACCACACCCCCUCUGACAGAGUCUGUGUCCUGGAUAGUUAUGAAGCAGCACAUAGAAGUCAGCCAUGACCAGCUGGCGGUCUUUCGGAGCCUUCUUUUUACGUCAGCCGAGGAGGAAGUACAAAAGAGUAUGGUAAACAACUUCCGUGUGCAACAGCCUCUCUGUGGUCGCACCGUCCGCUCUUCCUUCUCCCCCUUCCUACAGGAGGCGCCAUCAGCUGUGGGGGACAAGCACAGCCACUAAAACUGCUGGAUCCAUUACACACAACUUCUCACAAAGUAACCCACAAUGACCCAGCAGUGACCAUACCAACACUACCUUUUAAUCUGUGCUCAAAUAUUCAAAUAUAAACUCAGAAUUCUAAUUUAUGUGUCACCCAAAUACCAAACAGGGCAAAGAGAAACGUGUUAUGAUUUUAAGGGGGAGGGGAUUAUAUGUUUAAGAUAUAGAGUUGGAAAGGAGCAAACAUGCUUAAUGGCAGCUCUGGAGCCUGACAAGCCAGUGCUCUUUUUUUAAAACAUGACAUUUAAAGUUAGUACAAAUGUGAGGAUUUCUAUUAUUUUAAAAUCAAUGUCUUGGGUUUGAAGUUAGUCAUAUCAGGUCGAUAAGUAUGGCUGGUUUUAAGGAUAGUCUAACUGGUGCUGAGCUAAUGCUGAAGGUUAGAUUUGGUUGGUUAAAGUCUAUUACAAAGCAAAACAGUACAUACAAAUAAAUGUAGCAAAGACGUCAACACAAGCACGCACUUCAAAUGUUUGUUCAAUUCAAAUUCAUAGCUCUUGAUUUUUCCAGAAGUGCCUUUGUUCCACAGAAAACAUUCACAACGAGUGGUACUUUGAUGUUUAAGCAGAAAGAGAUUUUGUUUAAUCAGAAAUUACAUUUGUGCAUGUGUGAGACAAGGUCAGCAAAGAGGGGAAACCCUGCUGCUUUGUCCCCCGGUUUAGCCAAAUCAAACAUGUUUUUCAUCAAGUGGCCUUAUGCCAAUUACAUAGACAUCUACCUUUAAAGCAAAAAAACCUAAAGGAUUUCCUCAGAGGAUCUUUGGGUGGUAGAUUUUUUUUAUUUGGGUGGGGGGGUGGUUACAUUAUAUAUGACAGUUAACUCUUUUUACAUAGAGGCAUAUCCAUAUUGACCUAUGUUAUUGUUGUUAUAUACUUACCGGUACAUUUUGGGGUUACUGAAUUAUUCGGUUUUAAUGGUGAAAACAAAUAACCAAUGUGGUGUGGUUGCUGUGGGAAAAGUAUGCAUUUCUACUGAUUUAUGAACAUGAAUUAUUAAUUAUGUGUUGAGCUUUUAUUAACUCAUUGUUCCUAAUUUGUACUGCGACUGCAAUAACAGUUGGUACAAAAGCAGAGUUUACCCAAAUAAUCACAAAGCAAACCUGAGCUAACUGGUGUUAGUUGCAGAAAUGUGUAAAUAUUUAUUUCAGAAUGAAUGCUAACAGGUUAGAGAAGUCACACUGUGUUCUUGAGCUGCGUUACCCAGACUCAACUCUCAUGAUCUAACAAGAUCAAAAAUCCAUUUGUUACAGUCAUUAUCAAAGGCGUACUAAAGGUACAGACACAGGGCUGGCAGUAAACUGACACAGCCUUUGUGAACACCAAGGCAUGUUGAGCAGCAGCAGCUCAGCAAGCCAGCUGUCACACACUGUUCAGAUGAGGCUAGAUAUGUUAGUAGAUUACAGCAGAAGGCUUUGGAGAUAUUAAAGUUACAUUGUUUUGUAACGAGAAUCCUGGACUGAACUCUAAACGUUUUUUUUAAUUUCAAAAUAAAAGUAUGCUGCUUUCAAAUGACUUUAGUAGAACCAUAAAACACUGUUGAGGAGAUUUCCUUAGGGUACUAAAUAUACAGGUGACAUCGUGGGACCAGCUGAUAUAAAAGCCUUGUGUAUCACCUCUUCGCUAACAGUGUAUAGAGCAUAUGUUUAUAUUGGCACAAGAGCUAAUUAAUGUUAAAGCCACGCGUCACCUCCGGGCUAGCCUCUACUCUAUCAGCUUCCACAGUGUAAUAUUAUCUCUUGUACAUAAUUUCAUUCUCUUGUCCUUCUGAAAAAAGUGAAUCUAGCACACUUAAACUCUUCACCUUCCAUUUUCAAGACAAAUCAUCAUAUCCUACAUGACAUGCUGUACCUUAUCCUGAGCGUGAAUGGUUAAUCACUAAGAUAAAUUGCACAUUCCUCUGUCCAACAACACCGCAGACACAGUCCAGACAAGGAUUUUGCAAGGCCAAGCUUAUGUAACCUUGCAUUAUCAAAAUAAGUCUUUUAGUCUGCCUGCUUUUGUGGAUGUCCAACAAUUGUGGUGCAUUUGCUGAAUCUAACAAAGCACUGCUAUUAAUAAGAGGAAUUGGAGAUAGAGGAAGAGGUAGAAAAAAAAAUGGAAAUUUAGGGGGCAUUAAAGGGUCUCACCAAUGCAAGAAGAAAUGAUUUGCAGAGUAUUUAGGCCGUGUCUUAUUUUAAAUCCUUCGCUUUGGGGCAGGAAAGAACAAUUUCAUUUUUAAUAAAUAAACAAAAAGCAUCAAAGAAAGUGAAUCUGGAAAAAUGCCUACGGGGCCCAAGGUUUUAGAUGGCAGAUAACAUUUAUUUAUUUUAAUUAAGUUUACUCUAAAUGGAAUUUGAUGAGGAGCAUUGAUAACACUUAUAGGAAUGUUACAUGGUUGCCUUUUUUCUUUCUUUACAAGUGAUUCAUUAUGCAUUAUGUUCAUUGCAUAAACAUGGGAACAAGGGACCCAUUACUGUCUUCAUAUAACAGCUGUAUUUUUUAUAUGCACCACGAUUGGCCUUCAAAGCUGAUAUCUUUCAUAUUGCAUCAGAAAUAAAAAAAUAUGUGAUUUUUUUUUCUGUAUUCCUAUUAUGUCUUUGACGACUAUAAAGUGCCCCUUUUUUUAUUUUCUCAUUUCUUGUACUGUCGGGCUUUGUACAAAUGAAUGUGUUACAAAAUGCUGUCAUCAGGCUGUUAUUUCUCCAUAAUGCUUUACACUCUGCACAUCUUGAACUCUGUAGUUGGUGUGAUGUUUAAGCAGGUGUUUUUCAACUAUGCAGUCUAUAUUUUAGCUAUUUAUUUUUCCAAUGGGUAGUAGACAUUCCUGCCCUGCGGGACUUCAGUGGGCCCUCUCCCCUCUCAGUAUGCUCUGCUCCACCUGGAUCCUUUUAGGCAAAGAUGUGUUGCUGGGAAGCAUUUUUCUCCCAGAGAUGCCUGCUCCUUUGGGGGGGGAUGUUGAAAAGAACCCAAAAGCAUCCCAUGAUGGAAGUGUAAAGAUGAUUUUAAAGACAAUGACAUUUUUAUUGACGAUUCUUUUUACAAUAAAAUAAUGUGUUAUGUGAAAAGGAUGAGUAUUUCUGUGCAAACUGGUGACUUCUUGACAGGAAUAGGUCUGUAGUUGGAAGUGUUCAUUGUAAUACAUUAAAAUUCUCACAGUUUUCA